AUGCUGGAUGAAAACAAUCAACUUGCCAAGACAUUCAGGCGAGUUCGACAGCAGUUGCAGGAUUCUACAACGACAAAUUUGAAACUUCGAAUUUUUGGAGCUAAGAGCAGAAAUCGACAAUACGACUUGCCAAGCAGCAUUGAAAUUGCAGCACUCAUACCGGGCGAUUUUAUUCCAGACCGGGACGAUCGAGAUAUCAUUGUUGAUCACAUUUAUGAAGGCUUAAAGAGAAUUACAAGUCUCAAUCCCAAGUUUGAUGCAUUGCAUUUCCCGCUCUUAUUCCCAUAUGGAGAGGAUGGUUAUCAUCCGCUUAUCAAAUACAGGUCAUCUUUCUGUCCUCCUUCUAUGCGCAGACAAUUUGUUACUCAGCGUGAAUACUACACAUUUAGGCUCCAAUAUCGCAUCAAUGAAGGCCAUACAAUUGUUCAAGCUGGAAAAGCUCUUCAGCACUUUUGUAUUGACGCCUAUUCAUCAAUAGAGUUAAAUAGGCUGGCAUUUCUGCGCUGCCAUCAGCCACAACUUAGAGCUGAAGUUUAUCAAGGCUUACAGGAUGCAAUGGCGCGGGGUGAUCUCGACGGGGAUAAAGUGGGUCAUGUUUUCCUCCCAGGGACUUAUAUAGGUAGCCCACGAUAUAUGCAACAAUUAUAUCACGAUACAAUGGCGGUGGUUGAAUUCUUUGGAAAUCCGGAUCUAUUUAUUACAUUUACGUGUAAUUCGUUGUGGGAAGAAAUCACAAAAGCUUUUCACGAUAUAGUUGGUCCAAAUAGCUCGGACAAACCGAUGGUGGUUUCAAGGGUUUUCCACAUUAAGCUCAGCAUUCUAAUUGAUGACAUUAAGAAAAACUCCUACUUUGGGAAGACGAUUGCAACUGAAAUUCCUGACCCUCAACAAGAUCCAGUUGGGUAUGAGACUGUUUGCAAAUAUAUGUUACAUGGCCCAUGUGGCGAAGCAAACACGAAUGCACCGUGUAUGCGAGACAAAAAACAAUCCUCAAACGGCAGAUGUUCCAAACAAUUCCCAAAAGAGUUUAACUCAGCCACGUCAUUUGACAAAUUCGGAAAUGUCGUUUAUAGAAGAUCAAAAUCGGGCAUAGAAGUUCAAAAGGGCAGUUCCGUCCUCGACAAUCGACAUGUUGUUCCAUACAACCGAAAUUUGUUGGUGAGAAUGCAGGCUCAUAUCAAUGUCGAGGUAUGUCAUAAAGGCAAGCUUAUUAAAUAUCUUUUCAAGUAUGUGACAAAAGGUCCAGACAGGUCAUUGCAAUCCAAUGUAAGAAAUGUUUUGGGGAAUCCUUAUGCCGGUCGGAUGCACUUAACAGAAUGGUUUGCGCUUAAUCGUAGAGACCCCCAGGCGAGAAUUCUGACAUAUGCGCAGAUACCCAACAACUACACUUGGCUAUCUGAUUGUAAAGAGUGGAGGCCUCGCAAGAAAGGAUUCAUAAUAGGCAGAAUUGCAUAUGUUCCACCAGGUUCUGGCGAUGUUUUCUUCCUCCGGAUGCUGCUCACAAAAAUUCGCGGCGCUGUUAGUUAUGCUCAGUUCAGGACUGUCAAUGGAGAACUUUGUGUAGAUUUUGAAAAAGCUUGUGAAAAAUUGGGCAUUUUAUCAGACUCUUCAAAAUGGAUACGAGUAUUAGCAGAUAUCUCAUCUUCUAGCAUGCCACGAGUGAUUCGAAGCACUUUCAUGUCAAUGCUGAUGUUCUGUGAAAUACCAAGCCCGAUAACAUUGUUAAACUAUUCUUGGAAAUCUAUGUCUGAAGAUUAUGCGUACAGUUUAAUAAAGGAUUUCAGAGAUCAGACUCUGAGGCCCAGCGACGAACGACUGCAUAACUGGGUUCUACAUCAAUUACAGACUAUGUUGAGCUCACACUCAAUGACUCUUGAGAACUUUAAUCUUCCACUCCCAUCAGAUGGUUUAUGUGAUAGUGGUGAGAAUCCACUUAUAAAUGAGCAUCUUGCUUUCGAUGUAGAUCAGCAACAUACACUGGCCACCACAAUGUUACAGUCACUGAACGUUGAGCAAACCAAUGUUUAUUCAGCUGUUAUCAAUUCAGUACACAACAAGAUGGGCUGCGCAUUCUUCUUAUACCGCCAUGGAGGUACAGGUAAAACAUAUCUCUAUAAUGUAAUUACAGCAAGACUUAGAAGGUUGGGGAAAAUAGUUGUUCUGGUUGCAUCAUCAGGUAUCGCAGCAACACUUCUUCCCAAAGCAUCCACAGCACAUUCAAAAUUCAAAAUUCCUCUGAUUCUGGAUGCAACAUCGACAUGUCCAAUUAAACACGGUACAUAUUUAGCUGAUCUGUUAAAAAGAAGCAUCCUUAAUCAUAUGGGAUGA